AUGGAUCGACUCACUCGCUUCCCUGACAUCUUUCCCAAAGGGGGGCCCGCCCUCUCUUCCAGCAGCGAGAUUGAAUGGCGGCUCGAUGGCCCAGCAAUUCCGCUGGACGUCUUGGUGCUGUCGUGGGCGUCGCUUCUGUCUUCGUUCACGGGCGAGGAAUGUCCCGUGUUUGCGCUGAAUGGAGAGCCCGUCCGCGUUGACUUAUCCACCAAGCACUUUCAUGCCGCCAGCUUGGACUCGUCCACGCCAGGAACAUAUGGAUACACGGCCAUUGUCACCCAUGGCGUGCAGAAUGCAUCCUCCCCAGCAGCUCCAGCACUAUGGCCGGGAGCAUGCACCCUGUCUCUCCACGUCAACUUGGAGACGGGUGUUGGGUCCAUCCGGUCUGAUGUCGGGAUCGAACCGGCCAGCUUGGACCAAAUUGGUCGCCAAUUGAAGCCGAUCAUCCAGAGACAUGCUCUGUCUCAUGAUAUACAGGUGCAGAUUCCUUCUACCGAGUCACCGCAGCUGUCUAUCGCCAACCCUCGAUCCCCGCAUCCUGCCGGGACCGCAACUGCUUCACCAGCUGGCCCUGGGUCUCUGUCCUACGAAGACUUGGAUCGGCUUUCUACAGCACUGGCAGCAAAAAUUGCAGAGGUUCUACGCCGUUCGUCUCAACCACGGCCAGGAAACCCUGUCGUCCCUGUACUCAUACCACAGUCGGUGGAUCUUUACAUCGCUUGGCUGGCGAUUCUUAAAGCAGGUGCCGCAUUCUGUCCUCUGGGUACUGAUUCGCCCGAGGAUCGUAUAAACUUCAUUCUCAAAGAUGUUGAUGCGGAGGUCGUCGUCACGCUGAGUGCUUUCCGAGGAAAGCUGGCAACGGCGGAGGGCAUUUCAGUGGUCCUGACGGAUGAUUUGCACGCUGAAGAUGUGUCGACGGUUCUAAAUUCUGGAGAAAUCUCCUCAGAGAACCUUGCAUAUGUCAUGUACACGUCUGGCUCAACAGGACGACCGAAAGGAGUGGGAAUCCCCCAUCGUGCGGCCACCCAGUCGUUGCUCGCCCACGACAAGCUGAUACCCCCGUUCAGGCGGUUCUUUCAAUUUGCGUCCCCUACAUUUGACGUUUCGGUAUUUGAGGUCUUCUUCCCCCUGUCCAGGGGCGCAACCCUGGUAGGGUGUGAUCGCGCUGCCAUGCUUCGUGAUCUUCCGCAUGUCAUCACGAAACUGCAGGUUGAUGCUGCCGAGUUGACGCCCACAGUGGCGGGAGAGCUUCUGCGCAGCCGACAAGCGGCCCCAUCCCUAAAGGUUCUCCUCACCAUUGGGGAAAUGCUCACGAGGCGUGUCGUGGACGAAUUCGGAUCGUCCGCGAACACUGAAGGAAUCCUUCAUGCGAUGUACGGCCCAACAGAGGCCACCAUUCAUUGCACGGCCGCCCCGAACUUCCAAGCUGAUUCCCGGGUCAACUUAAUCGGGCGACCUUUCGAGACCGUUUCGGCCUUCGUGGUAUCUCUCGAAGAGAGCAGUGAUGGCCACACGUCAGAUCCCGCAAUCCUGCCGAUAGGUCAGAUUGGGGAACUCGUCGUUGGUGGACCACAACUCACAAAUGGUUACAUCAACCGUCCAGCCGAGAAUUCAAAGGCGUUUCUAGAUAGUGCCCAGUACGGUCGGCUGUAUCGAACAGGAGAUAAGGCUCGCUUCCUUCCCGACGGCAAUAUUGAAUGUCUCGGUCGAAUAUCCAGCGGGCAGGUGAAGUUACGAGGUCAACGGGUGGAACUUGGGGAGAUUGAAAAUGUCGUCUGCAUGGCCCAGAAUGUUCGCAGCGCGGUGGCCAUCGUUGUUCACGGAAUACUGGUUGUGUGGGCAUUAGUUGACAGAGACGAUGUUACGCCAGCGGAACUCCGUCAAUUUUGUCAAAAAAGGCUUCCCCUCUAUAUGGUGCCUGGAGAUUUUGUCCUCGUCCACGAAUUCCCCCGACUGGCGUCCGGAAAAGUCGAUCGGAAGACUAUGGAAUCCGAGUAUAUUCGGAAAAAUGGAACGGCAAAUUUUGAGAUGGAUAGGGAAUAUCGAGACUCGCUUGAAGAAGAGAUCUCUCUUUGUGUCAGUAAGACGCUCAACAUACCAGCUAAGAACUUGAAGAGCCUUGCAGCGGCAGGUCUUGAUUCACUGUCUGGGAUUCAGCUAGCUUCGCGAUUACGCGCUAUCGGGGUCAAUCUUGAUGUUGGGAAGCUGCUUACUGCGGAUUCCGUCGAAGGGAUCUGGCAUCUGGCGAAGAAAUCAGAAAAGGAGGCCUUAAAGACGGCGGAUUUGAAACUUCAGGAUGACUUGGAAACUAUCCGGAAAACCGGGUUGGAGGUGCUCCGGUCAGUUGGUUUCGAUUCUGAGAUAGAAAAUGUGGAGCCGUGCAGCCACAUCCAAGCAGCAAUGCUUUCAGAAUCUUUUCAGAAUCCAAAGGCAUAUUGCAAUUGGAUCGAACUCGAGUUCGACCAGGGAAUAGAGGUUCCCUUGAUAAAGGAAGCAUUCCGCAAGGUCGCUCAGCACAAUGACAUGUUGCGGUCUGGUUUCGUGCACAUUGGGCUCUCUGGAAACGCCUUUUGUCGAUUCAUAUGGAAGACCCUUGACCAUGACAAGUUCCAGGAGACGGCAUCUUUCGAAUACGACUGGACGUUGAGCAGCGACGGUGGUAUCCUGACCCCAUUAAAAGUGCAGUUCAGGCAUGAAAACAAAUCUGUUCGAGCUCUUAUUCGGAUACAUCACGCACUCUAUGAUGGAUGGUCUUGGGACCUUUUCCUAGACGACCUCCAUUCUGCGUUGUUAAGAGAAGAUUUAGUUUCAAGGCCAUCAUACGCGAAUGUCGUCACAUAUUACAUGGAGUUCAGUCGCUCUGACUCCGCCGUCCAGUCAACCUCAUACUGGCGGGAUCAUCUACAGGAUGUUGUCCCAUCACUCUGGCCAAAUUUCCACGAUAGAAUUGAUGUUCCUCGGGGAAGAGGAACUGCUGAUCGUCUGCUAGAUCUUUCGUUACCGGAACUUGAUAGAGUGUCUCGGUCAUUAUCCGUCAGUCGGCAGUCCAUCUUCCAAGCUGCCUUAGCAUAUCUCCUGUCUUCGUACCUCGGAGCGCCCGAUGUCGUCUUUGGUACCGUCUUCUCUGGCCGAACACUACCUGUGGAUGGUGUUGAGUCCAUUAUUGGACCCUGCCUACGUGUUCUUCCCACCCGUCUGAAUCUCAACUGGGUCCGGACUGUCGCCGAUCUCAUCCUUGCAAUUCAUAACAGUAAUCGACGUUCCUUAGAAUAUGGGGAUCUAUCCCUAAGUGAGAUUAAGAAAGCGUCUGGAAUCAAUCUGGCAGACUCUCUCUUUGAUAGCUUGAUUGUCUGGCAGGAGACGCCAUGGACAGCUCAGAAACCUAGGCGCGUUUUCAAGGAGAUCGCAGCCGCUGAUUUCUUGGAGUUUACAAUGACACUACAAUUGGAGCCCAAGGACAGUAGAAUUCAUGCGUACGCGAUUUUCGAGAAUUCUCUUUUGCCGACUGCACAGGUGCAGAUUUUCUUGGAGCAGAUUGACAUGAUUGUUGCUCAAUUCAUCCAAUCACCGGAUCUUCCAAUUAGGCAUGUCAACGAUCGUCUGUCUCCCUCCAUAUUAUCGAUUGAAAAUCUCAAUUUUGAACAGCAAAUCGACCUGCCGAGCCUUGCACACGGGGUUGAAAAGAUGGCGGUUGACGACCCCAAUAGGAUUGCAAUCGAGUUCUUGCACUCUCUGAACCCAGACUCUGGUGAUGCUUGCGUAGAGAGCAUCACCUACUAUGAACUUAACAGUCGCGCAAAUCGUCUCGCUCACUAUCUCCUCAGUCUCGGUGUUAUUGCCGGCGACCUCGUUGCCAUCAUCCUGGACAAGUCCCUUGACCUCUACAUUUCAAUACUGGCUGUGAUAAAAAUCGGCGCAGGCUACGUGCCUUUGACCCCGCAAACUCCCCCCGAUAGAAUUCAUUUUGUUUUGACGGAGGCUAACCCCCGUCUCUGUAUUAUCAAUUCAGCUCUUCGAUCUUCCUUGCAUUCUUCGGAUACACUGCAUUUCGUGGAGUCUGACAGUAUUAAUAUAGAGAGAUACCCAGACACCAAUGUUUUUUCAUCGCAUGAUUGCACAAAUCUUGCAUAUGUCGUCUUUACCUCUGGAAGCACUGGGAAGCCAAAGGGUGUACUCAUCACACAUCACAAUCUACAGAGCAACAUCGCCGUGCUCACCGAGAUAUACCCAAUUGGAGAUGAAGCCAAGAUGCUGCAAGCAUGUUCACAGGCUUUUGACGUGUCGGUGUUCGAAAUAUUUUUCACAUGGCAUAACGGCAUGACACUCUGUUCAGCAGUAAACGAUGUCAUGUUUCGAGAUAUCGAACAAGUUAUUCGCACAAGGAAGGUGACACACCUAAGCCUCACUCCCACAGUUGCCUCUCUUGUACAUCCCAGAAAUGUACCAGGAGUGAGGUUCCUGGUUACUGCUGGGGAAGGGCUGACGGCGAAAGUCCACAAAGAUUGGGCAGGAAACGGGCUCUAUCAAGGUUACGGUCCAAGUGAGACCACAAAUAUUUGCACUGUCCGGCCUAAUGUCAAACUUUCUGAUUCCAUCCGAAACAUUGGAAAACCUUUCAAAAACACGUCAGCCCUCGUCAUUUCAGAUGAUGAAGACUUCUCCUUGGUACCCCGUGGUGGGGUUGGAGAGUUCUGCUUUGGCGGUGAUCAAGUUGGCCGAGGUUACCUCAACUUGCCAGAUUUAACGAGCAAAAAGUUCAUCAAUCACCCUUUGUACGGUAGAUUGUACCGAUCGGGAGACUUUGGACGGCUGCUUUCAGAUGGCUCGCUGGUAUUUACUGGUCGCCGAGAUGAUCAAGUCAAGCUCCGUGGCCAACGAAUUGAACUUGGUGAAAUCAACAGCGUUGUGUUGCAAAACACAGCCGUCAAAGAUUGCGCAACAAUGAUCGUGAGGGAAGAAAGCAGCAACCAGCAGCAACUAAUCACCUUCUGGGUGCCUGCAGGCCUUCCCCGGGAUGCAGGGAACAAAGAGAAUUAUUUCUCUGUCAUCAAAGAUCUCUUCGAGGAUCUAUGUGCAGCACUUCCCAAUUAUAUGGUGCCUUCGUCUUUUAUACCUGUAGACUCGAUUCCCAUGACAACGGUGAAAAAGAUCGACAGCAGAAAGCUGGAAAAACUUUUCCGGGAGAUGAGCUUGGAAGAGCUGCAAAGAUUUUCGCCUUCACGAGGGACAUCUGAAGAGAGGCGGGAAUUCUCCGAGACAGAACACGCAGUUGCAAAGAUUGUUUCUGAAGUGACACAAACUCCCUUACAGAAUAUUCACACGAACACUUCAUUAUACAACCUUGGCAUCGACUCCAUAUCGGCGAUCUAUCUUUCAAAGCGACUGAGGCAAGCUGGUUUUGGCCAGCUAGAUGUAUCUGUCAUACUUCGGCAUGGUUCAGUACCUCAGCUGGCCGCAGCUAUCACGAAGAAUGAUAAGCAGUCACAGAUCGCCUCCAGAACAGACACAGAGAAGAUCUUUGACGAGGAAUUCAUUGAGAAAAUAAAAUCCGAUUUCCAGGAGAACGGAAGUCUUGUGGAAUCGGUCAUUCCUUGCACUGCUUUGCAGGAAGCAAUGCUUUCGCGCAAAGGCUCUAACGACGGAAGCGCUUAUUGCAACCAUUUAGUAUUCGAGGUAUACGGGGAUAUACAGAUUCUUCGACAAGUAUGGGAACAUAUGGUUGCCAGACACGACAUUCUGCGGACAUGUUUCACUACCACGAGCAAUGCUAGGUUUGCUUACGCACAGGUAAUUCUUAAGCAGGUGUCCUUGCCUUGGAGCUAUUUAGAGACGCCUGUGGAUGAGAUGCCUCUGGUAUUGGAGCAGCAAAAGUCUCGCUUCAUAGGUCAGGCUCAGGAUCUCCGUUCAAUGCCUUACUCAAUCACCGUCCUGGAAGAUAAAGCCAGUGGCAAGGCAAUGCUUCUCUUUUCAAUACAUCACGCACUGCAUGAUGGUGAGGCCGUGUCACAUCUACUCAAGGAAGUCGAGCAAUCAUAUGCAGGGGAAAAGUUGCCACAGGCCGUUCAAUUUUAUCAAUUCAUUAGAUAUAUGGUGUCCACAGACCAAAAUCAUUCGGAAAUUUUCUGGCGCCAGUACCUUUCUGGGUUUUCUCCUCGACUCUUGUGCCCCUGGCCAAGGACGAAGGGAAGUUCAGAAAGCCAGCGCCACCGAAAACACAUUAUUGACAUUGACAUUUCUCUCCAGUUAUUUGAGACAAUGUGUAAGGAGUUCUCAGUGACACCAUUGAAUGUUUUCCAUGCUGCAUGGGCUCGAGCCCUAGCCCUGUACACAGACUCUUUGGAUAUCUGCUUCGGGAAUGUCUUCAGCUGUCGAACGAUACCGUUAGACGGCGUAGAGAGAAUUGUUGGACCAUGCUUCAAUACCCUUCCAAUUCGCAUACAGAUGUCUUCAACAGACAUGAACGUUGACAUCAUGAAGCUGGCUCAAAGGACUAAUAUUGAUAUCAUGCCUCAUCAGCUCUACUCACUACGGCAAAUACAGAAGAGCGUGUCUGGAGACGUCUCGCCUCUUUUUGACACCCUUGUCCUUCUUCAACCUCCGCCCAGGGAGUUGGAAAGAAAAUUGUGGAGACUGGUCUCUGAGGAAGGAGAUAUGGAUUUUCCCAUAAUCAUUGAGAUCACCCCUUCUCGCGAGAGAAAUAUCAUAACUGUCUGUUUGCAUUCAGAUUCCCUGCAUGUUUCUACCUCGGAUACAGAGAAGAUUGCAAAGGAUUUUGCUGCUCUGGUCAGUCACACAAUACGAUAUCCUUCUGCUCAAGCUACGGAUCCGAGUAUCCUCGCGGGUGAUAUACCAUCAAUUGCAAUGGCAGCAAAGGAGAUCAAAACAAAGACUCCCGAGUCCAGCGAGACAAGGCAUACCCACGAUUCGGUAGCUCGCGCUCUGUCGAGAGAAGAGCGUCAGGUUCGAGACGUUCUGUCCAACUUAUCUGGUUACAAGUCUAGUGCUAUCAAGCCUGAAACAACAAUAUUCCAACUGGGACUCGAUAGCAUCAACGCGGUACAGCUAUCAGCUAUUUUGAGAAACUUGGGGUAUGACGUUCCUGCUGUAGAGAUCCUCGAGGCGCCGAGUAUGGGUCAAAUAGCGUCACUUCUUGCACGGUCAACCUCCAAAGCGGUCACUGAAUCUUUUGAUUUUCUGUCCUUCGAAUUGAGGAAUAGACGCUAUAUAUGUGAGAAGUUUGGUAUCUCAGACGAGCACGUCGAAUCAAUACGUCCUUGCACGCCGGUACAGUCCGGCAUGCUAGCUUUGUUCACAAACUCAGAUGGCAAUCUCUACUUCAAUCGUAUUGUGCUGAGAUCUCAGAUCCCUCUGAAUAUGGACCUUCUCCGAGAUGCUUGGUCAAGGACGAUAGCCAGGCAUGAGAUGCUACGGACCGGGUUUGUUCAUUUGAAAGAUCAGCAAUUUCCUUUCGCUAUGAUAACAUACCGGGAGAAUUCAACAACGUUACCGUGGAAUGAGUCCAAAACCGUCACUUCGGAAACAGAGCUGCAUCGUCGGCGCACGUACGUGUGCGAAAAUCUCCAUUUGCCUCCGUGGUUUCUUGUCGUAAGGGAUUUGGGGUCCGCCACGGAAGUCGAAUUUACAGCACUUCAUGCAAUAUACGACGCUCAGUCCUUGGAAUCAAUUCUGUCUGAUGUCGCAGAUGCAUACAGAGGAAACCAAUUACCACGAGUUGUUCCAAAUAACUUGAUUCUCGGUCAUAUUCUUACCACUGCAACCUCUGAGAGUCCAGACUUGGAGAAGUUUUGGAAGGGUCUGGGGUCAGAAUACCAGGUGGUCAAGUUCCCAGAUCUGAGUCCCAUACGUGUUGAGAAGGCGGAAUUGCUGGUCACUACUAAACUAAGUUCUAAGCAUCAAAAAUUGAUCGACGACAGAUGUCGAGAGCUGGGUAUCACAUUGCAAGCAGCAGGCCAAGCAGCCUGGGCUCGGCUCCUGUCGGCGUAUACAGGACAGACUGCUAUUACCUUUGGUGUUGUCUUUUCCGGCCGUGACCUAUCUCAGGAUGCACAAGAGGUUGUUUUCCCAUGUCUUGUGACACUUCCUUUUCAAUGUCACGUUCAAGGGACCAAUCUCGAUCUCGUCAGCUCCGUUAUGAAAACCAAUGCGAGCCUUCUAAAAAGGCAGUUCACUCCGUUGUCGAAAAUUCAGAGAUGGCUUGAUGUCGAUCCAGCGCUUUUCGACACGCUAUUUGUUUACCAGAAGUUCUCUACUGAGAGAAAGGACUUUCAAUUUUGGCAGAUAAUUGAAGAGGAUGCAAGAAUCGACUAUCCUAUAUCGAUUGAAAUGAUACCGCGUCAUGGCGAACUCGAGCUACGGCUAACACAUAGAAGCGAUAUUGUUCCGCAAGAACAAGCGAAGCUGAUAUUAGAGCAGUUAGAUGAUCUCCUGAUGGACUGUUUGUUUUCUCCAGAGUCCCAAUCCAGCGACAAUUCCGGGAUACGGGCUAGUAUGCUUUCUAUAACACCGUCCAGAGAACCGAACCUUCCAUCAUCUGUCGAGUUACUGCAUCAGUUCGUCGAGGAGAGCGCUCAAAGAUAUCCCACAAGAAUUGCGUUCGAAUUCGCAUCAAGCAUCACAUCUGAAGGGGUUGAGAAGCGCACUUGGACUUACCAUGAUCUCGAUAAUGCGGGUAACAAAAUUGCCAGGUUACUACAGAAACUCGAUGCUACCCCCGGGGACCUGAUUGCGAUCUGUUUUGAUAAAUGCCCUGAGGCGUCGUUCGCGAUCCUCGGUAUUUUAAAGGCAGGUUGUGCUUUUGUUGCACUAGAUCCAAGUGCACCCCUGGCUCGAAAGCAAUUCAUCCUUGAAGAUUCCGGCUCUAGGUUACUCCUUUGUGCAUCGGACAGGAGGGACGAAUUACGGACAUUAUCUGGUGUCAAUGUUAUUGCGCUGGACGAACAUGGCUUAUUGGAUGAUAUCUCAUCUGACCCUCCUUCUUUAGUUCGGCCAAUUAAACCUGACGACACGUGCUAUUGUCUGUAUACAUCUGGAACAACAGGGACACCGAAGGGGUGCGAAAUAACCCACGGAAAUGCAGUCCAGGCAAUGCUCGCCUUCCGCAGGCUUUUUGAUGGCCACUGGGACGAAGAGUCACGCUGGCUCCAAUUCGCUUCCUUUCAUUUUGACGUUAGCGUACUGGAGCAGUACUGGAGCUGGAGUGUUGGGAUAUGCGUCACUUCCUGCCCGCGAGAUCUGCUGUUCCAAGAUCUUGCAGGAACAAUCCGAAAACUUCAAAUCACACAUAUCGACCUCACUCCCAGCCUUGCUAAGUUGAUUCGCCCAGACGAAGUGCCAUCACUCUGCCGUGGCAUAUUUAUUACUGGGGGAGAGCAGCUCAAGCAGGAAAUUCUGGAUGCAUGGGGAAAGUACGAGGUCAUUUACAACGGCUACGGUCCCACGGAGGUCACGAUCGGCUGCACUAUGCUUCCCAGAAUGACUGCUCAAAGCAAACCAUCUAACAUCGGACCUCAGUUUGAUAAUGUUGGUUCGUACGUCUUUAAGCCCGGCACUUCAAGUCCUGUUUUACGUGGUGGCAUGGGUGAACUUUGUGUUUCCGGACCCCUUGUCGGCAGAGGUUAUCUAAAUCGUCCGGAGCUCACCAGGGAGAGGUUUCAGUUCGUGGAUGAGUUUCAGGAACGAGUCUACAGAACGGGUGACCUUGUGAGGAUUUUGUAUGAUGGUAGUUUUCAAUUCCUUGGGCGCAUUGAUGACCAAGUGAAGCUCCGAGGGCAACGCCUUGAGAUUGGCGAGAUUAAUGCGGUUAUCCAAAGUGCAACGUCGGAGUUAGGGGAAGUCGCAACCAUAGUGGUUAAGCACCCAGGUCAGGCAAAGGAACAACUGGUGUCUUUUGUCACAAAGAAGAUGACUGGGCAGCCCCGAGCUCCAGUCAAGGUUGUAUUUGACGAAAAUAACCGCGAGUUUUUGUCCGCAAUCAAAGCGUCGAGUCAGGCUAAACUUCCCGGCUAUAUGGUUCCAACUCAUAUUAUUCCCAUCUCCUCGUUUCCGUUGUCGCCUAACAACAAAGCGGAUGUCAAGACGUUGAAAACGCUUUAUGAGAGCAUGUCAUUGGAAGAACUUCAAAGACUGGAUUCCCUAGGUUCUGACACACGAUCUAUGGACCAAGAAGGCAUCAAAAAGGUCAUUGCGGUCCUUGCAGAAUUCACUCAAACCAAGCCGGAAAAGAUAUCUCCAUGGUCCAGCAUAUAUGAGCUUGGACUAGACUCGAUAUCUGUUAUAUCAUUGGUCAAAUCUCUUAAAAGCGCUGGCUUCCAGAACGCUCAAGUAUCUCUAGUUAUGAAACGUAAGUUUGCAACCACAAGAUUGUAUGUGAUAUUGCUAACAAGGCCCAUAGACCCGACAGUUGCAGGAAUCGCCAUGUCUUUGCGAAAUUCACGGAACUUGUCGGUAUCAUCAGACAGACUAUAUAGUGAAAGCAAGCAAAAAGUGGUUGCCUUCACUCACAGGUACUCGCUCAUCGCCGCAGAACAUCUUGGAAUCUCAGCAAGCCGGAUCGAAGGAAUCGUGCCUUGUACGCCACUUCAGGAAGGGAUGAUAUUUCGCUUUCUGGAGAGCCAGAAGCCCCUAUACUGCUCCUCGUUCAACUUCGAGCUGAGAUCCACUACCGACUUGGCUCAGUUGAAAAAGGCCUGGUCCCAGACGCAGAACGAAGUCCAACUCCUUCGUGCAAAAUUCAUACCUCUACCGGAUGGUUACGCUCAAGUUGUACUCAAAGAUGAUGAGCUUCCUUGGUUUGAAACAACCGUCUCAGCCGAUGAAGGCAUUGAACGCAUCAGACAUCAAAUUUUCAACCUAUGGUACGAAAAUAUCAACGGGUUUUCAGGCAGGCUCUGGGAAAUUUGCAUAAUCAGAUCCCCGCUCAGGCUCAUUAUGUGUUUGAAUAUUUUUCACGCACUAUAUGAUGGCAACAGCUUGCCGCUUUUGCUGGAACGAGUUGCGUUGCAUUAUAUGGACAAAGAGGUCCCAUCCUACGGUCCAACCUUUUUGGAUGUGUUACAUAUAGGCCCUUUGCGUCGGACGCCAGAAGCCGAAGAGUUUUGGGUCAACCAUCUUGCCGGUUCUUAUGGACAGAGAAUAUUUACCAGUCCAGACGCCGAGGACUCGGAUCCAGUCGUUUUCAAAAUGAAUAUUAGUGACGUCGGCUCUUUAGAGAAGGUCAAAACUUCUCUCCAGGUCACGGAACAUUCUAUAUUCCAUGCGUGCUGGCUGCUUGCUCUGCAUGAUCAUUUUUCGGUCGUCCCUACUUUGGGUAUCGUGGUAUCCGGGAGAACGCUUGAUAUUCCCGGGACGGAAGCUGUCAUCGGUCCAUUAUUCAAUACAAUUCCAAGCAAUAUCAAAUUCCAAAACUUGAGGACAUCCGCUGAACUCGUGCAAGCUUGUCACGACUAUCAUGUCUCCGCUCUGCCGUUCCAGCAUACGGCACUUCGAGAUAUAAUGAAAUGGACGGGCAAGACGCCAGAAAAUCCGCUCUUUGAGAUCUUAUUUGUUUUCCAAAAGGAAGAUGGCCCAUCUCGUUCUGUGACAGAAGGGGUAUGGACCAUGCUCGAUUCUCAAGCGGAUAUAGAGUAUCCAUUGGCCCUGGAAGUACAACGCAACUCCGAGAAGAGCUUGACGAUGACAAUUGCGGCAAAAAGUACAGCCAUUUCCGCAGAAAAGGCAGAGGCGCUCGCUUUCACCUUCAAGGACACUUUGUUUGAGCUUCUGCAUAAUCAGUCAAGUGACCUUCCCUCUGUCCAUGGAGAUCUGGGAACCACAGGUUCAAAUUCACAUGUUGUUCCUCAAAAGACUGCACAUAAUCUCAACGGUGAAAAUAAUAUGAACGGUGAUAAACGAGAAUCAUUUACAUGGACUCCGGAGAUGCACAAAAUCCGGGAAGUCAUUGCAGAGCUUGCUGGCGUUGAAGCGGACACUAUUCAUGAAGAGACAUCUAUAUUCGAACUUGGAUUGGAUAGUAUCGACGCGAUAAAGCUGUCAUCGAGGCUAAGGAAUUCUGGUAUCAAUCUAUUGGUUAGCACAAUCAUGCAUUGCCGCAACAUUCGGAGGAUGGCUGAGAAAUUGUCGAUGGCACCUAAAGUCGAACAUGAGAAGCCAACAAUUUCACUCGACCAAUACGAAAAGUCUUUAAGAGCGAGCUUAGCAAAAUAUGGGAAGCUCCCUAAAGACGCGGUCAGCGUCUUGCCAACAACUGCACUUCAAGAAGCAAUGAUCGCAGAAAUGGUCGCCUCGGAUUACCAACAUUACUACGGCAAAGAUAUACUUGAGCUUGAACCUGAAGUGGAUCUAGAAAGACUUCUUGAUGCAUGGAAGACAGUUGUCGAUGCACAUCCUAUCCUUCGAACGUCCUUUGUCGAGAUAGAGGAUCCAGAAAUCCCGAUCACCUAUGCCCAAAUUGUCCAUCCACCCGGCAGAAGUGACUUCGCCGUUUUCGAUCAACAUGGACAGUCGAUAGAAGAGCUCAUUCAAGAUCAACAAAAGGGUGAUAGAGACAUCAAUCUGAACCGCUUGGCAUUUACACUACACGCCGUGCGUAGUGGAGCUAGGCGUUUCAUUGUUUUGUCCAUCGCCCACGCCUUGUAUGACGGCUGGUCACUGGAGCUGCUCCAUAGAGACGUCGCGAGGUGCUACUCUGGCAAGACAGUUUACCGGCCACCAUAUGAACAUAUAUUGCAGCAAAUAAUAUCUUCUGCCGAAGACAAGGCUCAAGAAUUUUGGCGCACAAGUCUUGCGAACUUUACUCCCCGACAUUUCCCACGUCUGAUAGGGGCCGGUGGAAACGAAUCCGUCGUUCACCGUGCAGAAAAGACACUGACCAUCUCACAUGAGGAGAUUGACAAGUUCUGUAGGCGUCAUGGUGUCACAGUGCAAGCUCUCACAGUCACAUCAUGGGCGCUUUUCCUGGCCGGUUUCCUUAAAAGUCUUGAUGUGGUGUUCGGGCUGGUACUGUCUGGCCGGAACUUCGCUGACGCCCAGGAAGUAAUGUUUCCAACAAUGAAUACAGUGGCGUUCCGCGCGAUUCUCCAUGGAACUCGCUUGGAUAUGUUGAAGUACAUCCAAGGUACUCUGGGAGACAUUGUCGAGUAUCAACACUUUCCUUUGCGAAAAGCCGGCGUCAACGUUGGGGGUCGAACAUUAUUCGAUACUCUAUUCAUUUAUCAGAAAAGACCCACGGAAACAGAACCCCUUCAGAAACCACUUUACCAUUCGGUGGGCGGUUCAUCAGACACCGAAUACCCCAUAUCUGUGGAGAUGGAGAUGGUUGACAGAUCAAUGGUCUGCCGCCUAGCGGGCCGCGAUGAUGUCUUAGGGUUCAGUGACACGAUUGAUCUCUUGGAUCGCAUUGACACGGUGUUCCGUCUAAUUAUUGAAGAGCCUGACCAUGCCACGAUCGAUUUUGUGGAUGGCGGUAUAGUUGUCUGUGAAAGCGCUCCUUUCCAAGAGACCGCAGAAGCGGAAGGCGUCGACAGUGACAGCCUUGGUCCUGAGGAUCAGACUAAUUGGACCGAUCUGGAGAUCCAAAUACGCAACGUCCUUUCUACUGUAUCGGGCAUACCAGAGGAACAGAUCCGCAAGCAAUCGACCUUGUUUCAUCUAGGCCUCGACAGCAUCAGUGCGAUCAAAGUCUCCUCCUUGUUGAAAAAGCAGUCUAUCAGUCUUCCUGUCAGUGCGAUGUUGAAAGCCGGAACAAUAGAGAAGAUGGCAGCCGCUGUAGGGGUUGAUCACUCUCAUUUCCGCAAUCGGUAUGCGAAUGUGGAACUGGGUCACUUAUUGAAUGGAAUUGACCCCGAUCCUCUUUUAAUGACUUAUGGCAUUGAAAAGCAGCAAGUUGAGAAGGUCUUCCCGACGACAUCAGGGCAAACUUAUUUGCUUGCAAUGAACAUGUUGAAUCCAGCCUUGUUUUAUCCGGACUUCGUCUAUACCGCAAGCCGUCUUGGAAGACCCCAGCUUGAUAGAGCCUGGGCUCUACUUACAAGCCGGGUGCCAGUUCUGCGUACAAUAUUCAUCCCAACCGGCCAAAGGGCACUCCCGUUCCUGCAAGUGGUGCUUAAGGAACUUGAAAACCCCGUUAUCUGGCACGAGUCGAUGAACGGCAGAAAAUUUAGAACGGGUUCAAAACGGGGGAUCAUGUCCGGACCAGUAUCGCUUCACGCGAGCGAGACACAGAGUGGGACGAUAAUAAGUUUGCAGAUCCAUCACGCUCUUUAUGAUGCUGUGAGCCUUCCCAAGCUGAUCAACCUCCUGGCCAGAUUCUGCAUGGAUCAAGAACCCGAAAUUCCCAAGGUCAACUUGUCCGAGUUUGUCGCAUAUCAGGGAAUACACUCGUCGUCGGCGGUACGAAAGCAGUUCUGGACGCGCUACCUCUCGCAGAUUGAUGGGAAGCCAAAUUCAAGUCUCAAGUCAAUCUCAUACGGAAAGAUCCAGCGAUCCUAUCGGCCCGGGCUGAUCGCCGAUAUCUCCGGGAUUGAGGCGAUUGCAAGGCACCACAGUCUAAGUAUUCAGGCUCUGUUUUUGGCAAUAUACGCCAGAAUCCAUUCCCGGAUCAUUUUGAAGGACCUCCAUAAUGACGGAAAUGACAAGGCACCGCCGACAGAUGUUGUGGUAGGGGUCUAUCUUGCCAACCGAGCUCAUGCACUAGAAGGGUUACCAGACCUGAUCGCGCCUACGCUGAAUAUGGUACCUCUGCGGAUUGAGAAUCCAAGUGAUGGUUCGUCCAUCAUCCGAACUGCUCAGAAGGUUCAGAAUGAUUUGCACGAGAUCAGUACAAUCGAACACUCAGGGGUGUCGCUUGUUGAGAUCGCGGACUGGACCGGAAUCCGGUUGGAUGUCUGUGUCAAUUUCUUGAGGAUACCGGAAUCCCACGACACGCAGACUAGCGUUAGCAAUGGUUUCUCGUUCGCUCCUGAGGAACCAGAAGAAUUGAAUAGUUAUCCGGAGGUCAGACAAAACGGUGAACAUGGAGAAGACGAAGACAUACACACUCCAGCUGGUCAGCGCCAGCCUCCAAAUGGAGAUACUGUCUUACGAAAUGAGAUUGAUUGCUUGGCUGAUGUUUACAUGAGCUCUAUCGACAUCGAGGCAGCGAUCCGAAACAAGGGUCUGGACGUUGGCAUUUUUGCACCAGAGGAACGGCUGGACAAGGCGACCGCUGAAAGCGUGCUUACAGAGAUACAACGAGAGAUGAUGGAGUUGGUUGAGGAUGCGAAGACGGCGUGA